AUGAUAAGGUCACCUGUAAAACAAAAGCGGGAAGAUAAGUCACUUGACCCUGGUUGUCUAAGAUUAAAUCCAAAUUCUUCUAGACUUCGGAUUGAUGAAGUUUUGAAAGCAUUGAAAGUGAAUAAUGCGAAUCCGAGCUCACCGCAGGCCAACACCUUGACUAUGGUAAACUUGGUGUUUAAGAACUGUGAUGAACAACAAUUGAUAAAUUUAUUAAUUGUCAAACGCUCUUUUUGGUCGAAUUUUUACAGUUUGAUGAACAAGUAUGCCUACAGUAAUAGCUUGCUUUGCUCAGCACUAUCGGUGUUACGAAUAACUGAAAAUUUACUAUUAGAGGCUAAAGGUAGCAAGUUACUUGAAGCUUUGAGUGCAUUCUCUAUUGGAAUGCAUGGAAACUACGAUAUUUUAACGGUUCUUGCGGGGGAAUUAAUGGCUGCAGAAGAGCCUUCUCAAUCAAAAAAUGAUAUUAUCAGCAUUCUCGGAAAUUAUAUUGCUUGUUUGAAUAAAUUUGCUAAACUAUCACCAGAUGAUGCAGCACCAGUAGUUGCAGAAGUUUAUACAGCGUUGAAGAAAGGGAGGAUACUAGCUGCAGUGGCAUAUUACUUGGAUGAAUCCACUGAAGCUAGGUCACGUGAUGCUAUAAUACAUAUGUUUUUCAGUCCAUUCAAGUCUAUGUUAACGUUUAUGUCCAGUACUAAGGUUUCUACAAAUACUACCCAUUUAGCUAAACAACUAGAGCGCAGUAUUGAGAAAAUCUUUUACCUCAACAAAUCUGUUAAAGAAUUAUUCCUUAAAAUAAACAAUGAAUUCAAGGAUCCCUCCUGUUUCAGUAUCUUGGAGAUAAUAGAUUUGAAUGCAAUACUCAAAGAUGAUAAUUUAUCCUUGAAGAAGAAGAUAACGGAACAGCUGAUGUUUGAAGAACAGCCAUUUCCAUUGUUUAGCGGAAGUAUUGGCAUCACUAAAGUGGUUUUUGAGUACUGUACUUCGAAAUAUAAUGGUGCCAAAACACCAAACUAUAUUUUUCAAAUAUUAUUGAACAGAGAGGCAGUUACAUUCGCUUUGGUGAAUAGGCUACUUUCAUUUUGGAUUGAAUCGCAUGCUAAAGCUUCUACAGACCUAGAAUCCUUAUUGCAAUUGGUAAAUACUUUGUUCGAUAAAGUCGACAAGGAAAUAAAUAAAGGCGGCCAAGAAUCUCCUGUUCUGGACAGGACAUUGGAAUUAAUCAACUCAUUUUCUUAUGAAAAGCUUAGAAAAUUCCAGGUACAGCUGCUGAAAGGUAAGCAACAUCAAAGAUGGAACAAGCAAGGUGCUCAGUUCAACAACGUUCUUUCCAAACAAGUUGAAGAAUAUGUCAAACAGCAAAGAGUAUUUCAACUGCAAAUUGGUAUAUGGGUUUACGCAGAUGAUCCAGUAGCUGCUUACCGUACGAAGAAUCCUAAAUUUUUCUAUCUAGUGCUUUCAGAUAACCACUAUAAUUUAUUGGCGAGGGAAUUCAAGUACAGAAUUGAAAGAACUCCCACUGUUGAGCAAAAUAAAAUUAUCUCACCCGAUGGAGAUGCCGUACUUGGACUGUCAACUAUUGUAAUCCCAUUGAAGCGUAUAAUUGAUUAUAGAUCAAGGGAAUUGGUAGGUAAAAACAUUACCCAACCACAUAAAAGGUUAAUUAAUAUGUCCCGUAAUGCUUCUUAUACUGAGGUACAGUUAGUUGGUAAAAACGAAAAAUUGCUUCUAACCUUUUAUCUUGAUAAUAAAGAGGCUUCAUAUAUAUGGUUUGAUGGUUUACAGCUAAUUGCAUCACAGAGGCAGAAUAAAGUAUCCAAGCCUACAAAAAAUCAGAUCGAAACAUUAAUAGAUAUUAGGAAGAAUAUCCAAAUGGUUGGAUUAAGCCAUUAUAACUUUUUGGAAGGCUUUGAUGAAUAUACUGAUGAUGAUGAUGAGUAUUACGAUUUAGACGCAUUAAGCAUUCUGACUGAAGACUUUUUCUACGAUUAA